AUGUCUCCGACGCACACCAACAACGACCACGACCACGAGCACGAGCACGAGCACGACCGCGACCAGACACGCGAGGACGAGCGGGACCGAGACCGGCACCACCAGCACUACCACCACCAUCACAACCACAACCACAACCAGAAGCAGCAGGCGGCCAACAAAAUCAGGAAAAAAAACAAGAGCCGACGCUCCUCGGGCCUCCUUUCGCCUCCGCCGUUGCCGCUGCCAUUACCCUCCUCCUCCUCCUCGUCGUCGCCGGCCUCCCUCCACGCCGUCCCUGGCUUGGCUCAUCUCUCCCCGCUGCUGCCGCACCCCCCCGAGGGGCCCGCGGCCGCGCUCCACCUCGUCAACGGACAGACACGAUGCUCCAGUCCCUUGUCGGCCUCGCCUGCCCCCCCCCUUAAAAUGACCAUCAGAUGGAAUGCUCCUCAAUCCCAUAAAGUCGACGCGCCCACUCUCCCCAUUUCAUGCCCCGCCGCCUCUCUGACAGGAUCUACGUGUGCCGACCCUGGCGCCAAAGCCUCCGUCUUCUCCUCCACCGCCUCUUUUGUGCCUCUCACUGGAUCUAUUGUGAAACAGGACCCACACACGUCGGCUUCCGCGUCGGCUUCCGCGUCUUCGUCCGCGUCUCUGUCCGCUUCCGCCGCCUCGGCGCAACUCAAAUCUGUGAGUUUCCCCGCCCAGUCCCGCAGCAUCCUUCGCGGUGCCGCCCUCUUUUCGUGUUGUUGUUCAGACUUUCAUUUCGUAUUGUGCACAUCAGCGCGACCUGUCCAUGUGUCGUCAGGAGGCGUCGGCUGGUUCGUUUUCUUCUCCUCUUGCCCUCCAGAUCGGGCACUUUAUGCGAAAUUAAAGUCUGCACAACAACGCCCUCCAAAGAGAUUGAUUCAAGCCCAACUACUCUUUGCAAUUACUUUUUUUCCCCGCCAGACCAUCGAACCCUCGAGGCCCUACAAGGACGUGGCCACCAGCACAUCGGACUGCGGGACCAUGACAGAACCCGAUCUCUUAGGGCCAUGCGAGCCUGGAUCGAGGCUGCUUAUCGAAGGCGUUAUUUGGCUUGAGACUCCAAGUAAGUGA